GUUGCUCGGUUAGCAGCCCAACCUGUUUUUUAUCGUUGGAAUGUGUUUCCUAAGGCGUAUAGUUCAUGUGUCAGGUGGGUAGGUAUUAUCUCCGUUAUUCGCACAUUAUUAUAAUUAUUUUGUUUUAGUUUGUAUAGGGGCUCGCCUGCGAAAAGGAGUAUAUCCGACAUGACGUGAAUGCCCCAGAUGAGCUCAUCGCCAGGUCAAGAUAUCGUUGAGAAAGACGCGUAAACCAAAUCGCACCCUCGCUUACUUAAGAGAAAGUACUGUAGAUCUAAAAUAUACACUACACUUAAUUCCUUGAAAAUGCUAACUAAAUGAGUAGAGAACAUUUUUGAUGAACCCUUUCGUGGCGAAAAGCAGUUUUUAUUUCUUUAAGUGUUGAGGUACUACUUUAUAAGGUCAGGAUUGUGUAAAGUGCAAUCUUUGUGUAUCAAUGUAUCAUCGAUGUCAAUUUCCUUCCCCUAAGGCCAUUGGCCUUAUCCCAUCGAUCAAGGAAGUGAUGACCGACUACAUGCCAGUUCUAUUUCACUCUUUAUUUGUCCACAAUGAAGGUCGAGGUGAAUCAUCCGCGUUGAGACGUGUUCUUUUGUUAAUAAAAUGUCGUUAAAUUAUGAGAUUUGUAUAAGAUUUCUCUUUACAGCAGACUCCAGACUCCAAAAAUCUUACUGUCUUUUUCCUUUUUUUCUCCAAAGUAACAGGUGCAUCUCGACGUAAUGCUGCGUUCAUGGAACAUGUAGAAAUCCGUUAGUUUAAAUAGUCUUACAUAAAACUCGUCAUUUCCCAGUUUUGAGGUGAAACAAUAUGAAACAAUCAAUUUUAUAUUUAAAAUUAAUAGCGACCCUCCACGUGGGCACAUCAUUCGUAUUUUCCGAGUGUCUAAACGACUGUAGGCUGCUCGUAGCGUUUGGAGUCUUUGAAGGGCUCACAGACCACGCCCCUCGCCACUAGUUGGGACUUUUAGUGCCCCGAGGUGUCAUCGGCAAAGUUGGACUCUCAGGCCAGGAGUCAGGUCGACGACUCUCCGAGGAGGUCCGUGUUCCCCCUGCCCCGUGUUCAGCUCUCGGUUUCACGUGGACGCCAGUCCGCAUCUCUUCUGCCCAGCAUGUCACCGUCCACGUCCCCGCGGCUGCUCACGGAGAAGGAGGUCGCCCGCCACUGCACCCAGGACUCCUGCUGGGUGCUGCUGGGGACCCGGGUCUACGACGUGACCUCCUUCCUGCGGAUGCACCCGGGCGGCGAAGCGCUGCUUCUUCAGCGGUCGGGCAAGGACGUCAGCCCGGAGAUGGAAGGACCCCCGCACCGACACUCGGAGAACGCGCGGCGGUGGAUGGAGCAGUACUACAUCGGGGAGCUGGACGGAGACAGCGGCACCGAUGAGGCCGUGAGGGAGAGGAGGAAAGCCGGCGCUCAGACGGACAGAGGGACGGGAGACGAGAGGACAGGCGAGCACGCCGACUACAACCGCUGCAGCCCAGUGGACCUGGACAAGGAUUUGGUGGACUGGCGAAAGCCUCUGGCAUGGCAGGUAGGCCACCUGGGAGAGAAGUACGACGCGUGGGUUCACCAGCCGGUCGACAGACCGAUCAGACUGUUCGGAAAUCCCUUGAUGGAGGCCGGCACCAAGACUUCCUGGUACUGGGUGCCAGUGGUGUGGCUUCCUGUCGUCUUCUAUUUCAGCUGGUACUGCUACACCAGCCUGGCUAAGGGCACCACCAGGCUCAACCUUGCUUCAGGCAUCUCCGUCCCGAUCCACAAGUACUGCUUCCCUCUGCUCUUUCUGUUGGGCUGGUUCUUGUGGUCGUUCAUCGAGUACUGCAUCCAUCGCUUUGUCUUUCACAUGAAACCGCCGGCUCACAACUACUACCUAAUCAUGAUACACUUCCUCCUGCACGGACAGCACCACAAGUCUCCGUUUGACGGCUCUCGGCUGGUCUUCCCCCCCGGCCUGGCCUCCCUGGUGGUGGGGAGUUUCUAUCUGAUCCUCUGCAGGACGCUCCCGGAGAUCCUCGGUACGUCCGUGUUCGUCGGUGGUCUGUGUGGCUACGUCGUGUACGACAUGAUACACUACUACCUCCACUACGGUUCCCCCAAGAGGGGCUCGUACAUGUACGGCCUGAAGGCCUACCACGUCAAACACCACUUUGAGCACCAGCGAGCAGGUUUUGGCAUCACCUCCAAAUUCUGGGACCACCCCUUCAACACCGUCAUCCCCAAUGAGAAGUACUAACACAGAACCAGCUCAGGACUUAGCAACCAGCCCACAUGCUGUCUCCACCCGGACACCCGAUAGAUCAAUUUCCACUGCCACAGCUUUCCAAAACCACGGAGUCUGACCCCCCCCCCCCGCAUCCAUCUCAAGUCAUUCUGCCUCGUGGCUCCCAGCACACGAGGCAUUCUCCGCAUUCUGAGCUUGGUUGUGUCGACCAGUACACACCGUUACCCGCUGAGUGAUUGUGCCCCGUAGCGAAGCCUUUCUGUGCCAUUUUUGUUUUAUUUUAAGCAUGCGUGAACAGUGGACCCCAUUUGGCACUGACCCUUAAAUAUGUAUAAAUAUAAAUAUAUAUAUAUAUCGCCUCGUCACACCAAGGAAUUCAGAUCAAAACCACACGCACAGUGUCCAAGAUUCCUUGAGGGGAAGACUGAGGGAAAAGGAAGUGAUAUGUGGAUGUUGAAUGUGGAAGACUGUGGAGUGUGGGAUGUGGAGAAGAAACGGGACGUGAUGUAGUGUGAGGGUGUGUGUGGAGGAGAGAGAGAAAGAGUCUGUGACCUGGUGAACCAACUCAGGACAGAAAAAGUUCCAUCCUUCUGCAGCUUCAGUGUUUCUCCUUUAGCCGCUACGCUGCCACACUCGCUCACGCUCAGGUAUUGUAACAGGCUACAGAUAUUCCCUCCCUUUUUUGCCUCGCUGUAGUUUUUGGAAACAACUGUGAACACAAAAUAAUCUGUUUUCAAAUAUUACAACAUGCUAAAGGACUUUAUUUAUUAUCAGGAAAGCUGCAGAAGUAAAAUCCUACUCCAGGGCACUAAUGUAAUGUUAAUGUCAAUUUUUACAUGUUUACCCACUCAAGAUAUAUUUUUGCAAGUCUUUUGUAAUAUGUCCUCCGUUUUCUCUUCUUUUGUGAUACAACAACCCAAUUUUGUAAAUCGCCUUUGUACAGAACAGGAGGGUUAAUAGCAGCAACGUUACAUUGCCAACGUGAGCAGAUGUUUUCUUGUUGGAUGGACAGUAAAGAAAUGGAGUGUUUUGAUGAAGAUGGAUGCCUGUAGUGUGUUGUCAUGGCGUCAGAAGGACAGAGCUGAGGGCAUGAGGCCGGCCUGUCAGACCUCCUGCUGUGGGGAUCUUGUGGGUCAUUUUUUUUUUUUAUUGGCCCCGCGGACCCCAGCAGGAUGACGAUGGAUGAACCAUCUGACCGGGCAGCAGGAGUCUUGAUCGCGAUCGGCGGAUCUUCAGAAAGUCUCUGAGCAACCUGACAACUAAAGCAAGCUGAGAACUGCAUCAAAACCUUUCACGUAAAUCAGUCAGGCCAAGUCUGAAUGUACUACAACUGCUGAAAAUCCCUUCCUAUCCACUUUUCUAGCUUUCAGAAAAGACUCUCAUUUACAUAAUAUCUGUGUCCAUGAAUUCCUACACUCUGUAAAAUAACAAAUCCAUUUUAGAAACUUUUGCAAAGAUGACUUAAUAACAAUAAUAAUGCAGUGACAUUAUUUUGUGUAGAUUUUUAAUAUUCAGUGCAGCAAUAAUAUUAAAUCCUCAGGUAUGGGGCUGUGUUUUCACCGGAUUGAGCUACAACCGCAGUGAACUGUGACAAAAAUGAUGACCCAAAGAUUAACGUUGAUGUCGGGGAUGAUGGCUGAUGACCAUGAUAAAAAUAAUAAUAAUAAUGAUGAUGAUGAGUGUAAUAAUGCUACUGAUUGUGGCGGCUGCUUAGCAAAGUGAAAGGUUUCCGCCUCUUGGAGGGAAGUUCAUGCAGAUCUUCUUUAUGUGUGUUUAUACAAAAUAGAUGACGGGCGACAGCUUAGACACCUCGAUCCUGAUCAGUGAACUUUUCCUUUUGCCAAAUUACGCAACAUUAAUUAACAUUUCCUAAAUAUGUUUUUUUUAAUAUUCAUUUUUAUUUUGGAAUCUUAAGUGUCUAUGCAAAAUGCAAAAACACAUUUGUAAAUAAAGGUCUGUUUAUUUCUGAA